GUUAGAUACAACCGACCUCCAUGCUCACUCUAUAGCUAUAAGGAUCUAAGAUGAUCUCACAAGCAAUCUCUCUUAUGCCAACGGCCGUUUAAAACAGUGAAGGAAACCUCCUGCUGGAGGAUGAGGAAUGAUGACAGUGACAGCGAGACAAUCCCAGACCUGGAACCACAGAGUGCGCAGAUCUCCUGCUCUGUUCUCCAUUCCCCUCUCUCCAAUUUUUCAGGAUGCCCUCAGAGAAACCUUUCCUGCAAUGACAUUAAGACUGCUAACGGAUUCAAGUUCUUAAAUAAAUGUCCCGAGGGAAGUGAGAUUUUUGUCCAUUAUAAUGAGACAGUAAUUGCUCAUGCUGCACCUGGCAAUCUACAUUUUGAUGCUGAUCUUGUAAUGAGCAUGGGCAAUCUUUCGGUCAUCACAAGACACUUUCGAGAACUUGAAGUAAAGUGCAUUACUCCUGAUAGGGGGACCUUUGUAAAAGAGACCUGUGUGAAUUAUAAAUUAACUACAGAGUUUCUGGAGGAGAGUGACUUACCAACACAAGGUGUCCUCAUCUUCUGUGUAGCGUUUCUAUUUGGUGUGAUGGCGCUCUUCUUGAUGAUUUGGUGUUGCGUGUUUCAGAAAAAGGAAUUGAAAAAAGGGACUUCACAGGGAGCGAAAGGAGAGACAGAAGAAACUAGACCCAAUGCAGGAAGUGUAGUCCUGGAGGUCACAGCUGAUGAUUUGGACAGUGUUAUCAGUAUUGAUCCUAGGGCUGAUGGCAAGACUCCUCAAUCCCUUAGUCUGGACUGCAACUUGAGCAACGAGGGAAUCCAGCUGCCUAAAAAUGGAGACACAUGUACCCCUGAUGCUAACAGUGCCUCCAAUUAUCAAGCCAUGUACAGAAACCUGAGGGAUGAUCCAGGAGGAAAAGACAAUGCUACGGUCAUGCACAAUGGACAGACUCUUGGUGAUGAUGGUCGUGAAGAUCAGGAGAAUGAAGGCCAACCUCUGCUGUCAAAUCAGCGAGCUGCCAUCCAAGGUUUUGACAUGACAGGUGAAGCCGCAGCUUUGGUGAACAAACACGGCUUUGACCAGGACCAGGUCAGCGGGUGCUCUACUGCACCAAUAAGACACUGAUGUGGAGUCAACACCCAACAUGAAGAACUAGUAGUAGUAAUAAUAAUAAUAUUAAUAAUAAUAAUAAUAAUAACCUAUAUUAUAUAUACAACAUCAACUUUUCUCAAUAUCUGGGUAUGUGGUACAUUUACUGGCAGCUCCUUUUGGGAUCAAGUGCACUUUUGUUUAAAGAAUCAUUUUCAUCUGUGCUCUCUUUGUGAACAUGUUGUUUUUUUCUCAAUGUUAGAAGAUGUAUUUUUUGCAAGCUCUAUUUGCAGAAUUGUAUAUGAUUGCAAUAUUUUGCCAUCAUAGAAAAAUGAGACAAUCCCAAUGGGGACUGGUGUUGACCAUGUGCUGCUUUUAGCCUAUUUUUCAUCAGUCAACCAGACAGAUCAGAUAACAUAUUAUUCAUUUAAGAUGAACAUUAGUUAUUAUUAUUAGUUAUUAGUUAUAGUUAUUAUUAGUUAUUACAGUUUGCCAAAUUAUUUAAUUACAUGACAGUAAUCAUAGUAAAUAUCAUAAUUUCAUUGAUGAAAUGGAAGAUACUGGUCUCAUAAAAAACAACAAAAAUAAGAAUAUUAAGUGCAUAUCUUGACCAAAGGACGGGUGGACUGAAAGCCUGUCAGAAAAGAUACCACAUACACAGCUGUGAGACAACUUCAUAUUUAAGUAUUAAUAUGAAUGUACUUACAUAACAGUAUACUGUAUAGUAUAAUAAUAAAUAAAUAAAUAAUAAAUAUUGUUCAAAUGUUCUAUAUUAUAUUGUGACUCAUUAGAAUGAAUGAUUUUAAUGAGAUAAUGCACAACAGAAUACAUAAUGCAUGUUUAUUUCUUUUCUGUUGGAGUUUACUACAUGUCAUUUCUUUAUGUAUCCAAUCAAUAAUUAGUAACCCUGCCUUUACUCCAUUAUUGCUGCAUCAUCUAUUGACAUGUUUAUUCAUACCACCUGAAUCACAACAUCCUUUGCUUUUCUCUCUGCAUUUAUACUUAGAGAUUUACAUUUAUUUACAUUUAUUCAUUUAACUGACAAUUAACUUACAAUUGCUAUACAUGUCAGAGGUCGUACGCCUCUGGAGCAACAAACAAAUAAUUGGUGAAUUCAAAUAUACUAAUAAUUACAAUAGGCAUAUUAAAAAUGAUUAAUUAUUGUCAUGAAUUUUGAAAUAAACUGUUUAUGCCACCCUG